AUGCCCUCAACCAUCGAUCCCAGUCCGAGCUUACGGGCGGCAAGAUACGUUCAAUACGAAAUGCUGUGGUGCCUUUUCAGUAGACUUCAGCAACGUCUCAGCGCAGCGCUAGCCACAAGACCGAGGAGAGAUAACAGACUUCCGCAAAAUGCGCACACGACACCAACAGUCGAGAACAUUGGGCCUAGUAUGCUCGAGCUAUUUACUAGUCUCCAUCGUGAUUUUGAAGCAAUCUCAGCCUUGCAGCAUCGGACCGAAACUCUGAGACGGAGACUUUGUAAUGCUCAAGCCUACUACGACCGGAUCGUCAGCAUAAUCGUACAGUACGAUAAUGACCCGAGUUUGGAUAUGGAGCCUCAUAUGGCUAGACAUCACGCGGCUUCAGCAAAUCUGGAACACCAAAUCACAGACAUAAAUCGGGACUUGGCAGAAGGCGAGAGCACAUUGGCAGAGCUGGAAAGACGAAGAAGCUCCACCUGGCAGGAAGUGUUUGCAAACGUGCGAAGUUACUUUGAUAGCUGUUUCGAAGUAAACUUCGAAGCAUGUUGGGCUCUGAAAGAGAGGUCCUGCCGAUGGUUGCGACAGAUGGUCGAUCAAGUCUCCCUGAUUAGCCACAGUGAGACACAGAUACGCCAAUGGGACAACAAGCGGAUAUCUCUCCAGAGCAGUCAGCGGCAAGCCAAGAAAGCCACCGAUGUCCAGACGACGAGAUUAAAUUUAGGCCUUUCGCGAGCGCUCGAUGAGACUCGUCGUCACCAAGUCGACGCUGAACUGGAUCAAGUGAAAUCGGAACUGGCAGCACAAAAGGACCUGUUACAGCUUCGAAGAGACUUUCACAGUAGAGAUCAAGAUCGAUUCUGCAGGGGUAUCAUAGAGCCUCUUUUGGAGGAUGCGGGUAGGCUUAAAGCGGGAUCAGCUGGGCCUCCAAAUGGUUCAGGGGCUUCCAUCGAAGACGCUGCCGAAAGGAGUCAAGAUCAGACACAAUCUUCGAAUGAAGGGCCGCCACUGCGAGAUCACUCAAAGUCUCAUUCAGAUGGAGAUAACAGCGCCAACCGCGAGGUAUCUAAACUAACCGACAAUGACCUCCAGGAGCAGUACUUGGAUUUACGCGAACGGCUGGUGGAAGCUCAAGGAGAUCUGAAUGCCAGGCACUCAACUAUGGAAACGAAUGAGCUCGACCAUCUCCUGACUUUUCGCAAUUCAAGUCAUGAAUGGUACGAGACAUUCAUGGCUCAAGAGCUCGAGGAAGACGUACAAGCAGCACGGGUAAUAGAGGCAGACCUUGUGGAACUACGCAAACGUCUGGUUCAAAACGGUAUAAAGAUGCCUCGCUCCACAGAUGGCUUGUACUUGCGGGCUGUGAAAGAUGGAAGGAUCAGGACGAGGAAUUCAGACAGCGCCAGUCCCAAGUCACCGAGACGUUCCCUGAGAAGAGAGUCACACAGAUGCGACAAAGGAAACCAUAAGUUGAACGAAUGGCGGAUGAAGGCCGAUAAUGCUCCACGUAGGUCUGAGAUCACGCCGAGCCCUGGUAAAAGUCUUGCUGGGUCAGAUCUGAGAUCGAGAAGUCAUAGUCAGACGGGGUCGCCAGAUGAAGAAUUGAGACAAUAUCGAAAAACGUACUUGGACCAGAGUAGAAAACAGCAAGAGGAAACCAGGGAAAACGCUCCUGCGAGCGCGACAGCCUCCAUGACUGGCCACGGCGCUGUUCAAACCCACAAGAGAAGCAAGCAUAAAGUACAUAGGCAGACACAGUGGCUGCUGCCCUUCCGUCAAAGCAAUCAUAGAACGCCUCCUUUCCGUACAACCAAACGAGACUCUCAUCAAUUCAAGCACACAAAGGCCCUUCCAGAAUGCCGACAUAGCGCUCCUUUCAUCAAUGCACCGAUCAUUCAGACGCGUUCUCAGCUGUUCGCUAUCACCGGCGUAUAUACAUUGCAUUGGAAUGUACUGACAGUGAACAUGGCUGCCAUGAAAAAGACUAAGCGGGAUCGUAUUCUCGAUUUCUUUGUCCAGGUCCCUGCCGGAAACAAAUAUUAUAAGACAAACGACUACGUUCCUUUGUCUUGGAAUCUCAAUCCGAAAGGUCAUCCUUUGAAGUUGUCAUAG